CAGACGCCUUGCGGGAGCGAGCGCGUCCGGGAGCCCACGGCCGGACGAUCCCGGGUUAAGACCCGUGGACUCGGCUGAGGGUAUAUUUUUAUGUAGUAUACCUGUGGAGAAGAAACAAUGGAUUCCUUGGAUCACAUGCUGACAGACCCCCUAGAACUUGGUCCUUGUGGAGAUGGUCACAGUACAGGGAUCAUGGAGGACUGCCUUCUGGGUGGUACCAGGGUUAGUCUGCCUGAAGACCUUCUGGAGGAUCCUGAGAUAUUCUUUGAUGUCGUCAGCCUCUCCACGUGGCAGGAAGUACUAAGUGACUCUCAGCGCGAACAUCUCCAGCAGUUUCUGCCUCAGUUUCCUACAGACUGUGUAGAGCAGCAGAGUGAGCUCAUCCUUGCCCUGUUCAGCGGGGAGAACUUCCGCUUCGGAAACCCUCUGCACAUUGCCCAGAAGCUCUUCCGAGAUGGACACUUUAACCCUGAGGUGGUCAAGUAUCGUCAGCUCUGCUUCAAGUCCCAGUACAAGCGGUAUCUCAACUCCCAACAGCAGUAUUUCCACCGGCUGCUAAAACAGAUUCUUGCUUCCAGGAGUGAUCUCUUGGAGAUGGCUCGUAGGAGUGGCCCGGCUCUUCCCUUUCGACACAAGCACCGUUCACCAUCCCGAAGCCCUGAGGAACGGGAAUGGCGGACCCAGCAGCGUUACUUGAAAGUCUUGAGGGAAGUGAAGGAGGAGUGUGGGGACACUGCCCUGUCCUCUGAUGAGGAGGGAGAGUAGUAGUGACUGUUGGCCUGCUGCAAUGCGACCCCAUCACUCUGUUGAAGUCUCUCUCCUGGAAGAGCCGUUUAAAUGUGUGCUCCAGCUCAUCUGGGGAAGGGUCAGAAAGGAAUGUGGAACCCUGGCCUCCAUGUUGUUGGCUUAGCCCUGUUGAACCCAAAUGGCCACUUACCCAAUCUCCCCUAUUGGAGUCCACAGCCACGUUGGAUUUACAAGAAAAAUUUUCUUUUGAAGAUCUCAGCUCAUGGCUUCCAAGCUCUCCAGCACGUUCUCCUAGUCCUGCGGUGCCCCUGAGGGUGGUGCCCACGCUUUCCACCACGGAUAUGAAAACUGCAGAUAAAAUAGAACUGGGGGACAGUGACCUGAAGUUAAUGUUAAAGAAGCACCAUGAGAAGCGGAAACAUCAACCAGAUCACCCAGACCUUUUGACAGGGGACCUGACCCUCAGUGACAUCAUGACUCGAGUAAAUGCCGGCAGGAAGGGCUCUUUAGCAGCCUUGUAUGAUUUGGCUGUUCUUAAAAAGAAGGUGAAGGAAAAGGAGGAGAAGAAAAAGAAGAAAAUAAAGUUGAUUAAGUUGGAGACAGAGGAUCUGGCUGAGCCCCUAAGCAAUACUGAAGGGGUCCCAACUCUCUCACAGGCCCCCUCUCCCCUGGCAAUAUCAUCUAUCAAGGAAGAACCCCUGGAAGACAUCAAGCCUUGCCUUGGAAUCAAUGAAAUAUCUUCCAGUUUUUUCUCUCUUCUGUUAGAGAUCUUGCUGCUGGAGAGUCAGGCUAGCCUUCCUAUGCUGGAGGAUCGAGUUUUGGACUGGCAGUCUUCUCCAGCCAGCUCCCUCAACAGCUGGUUCUCUGCUGCCCCCAACUGGGCUGAGUUGGUGUUGCCUGCUCUGCAGUAUCUUGCUGGAGAAAGCCGAGCAGUUCCUUCCAGUUUCUCUCCAUUUGUUGAAUUCAAAGAGAAAACCCAGCAGUGGAAAUUGCUUAGUCAAUCUCAAGAUAAUGAAAAAGAAUUAGCUGCUCUCUUCCACCUGUGGUUAGAAACCAAAGACCAGGCCUUCUGUAAGGAAAAUGAAGACAGCUCUGAUGCCAUGACACCUGUCCCUCGAGUAAGAACUGACUAUGUGGUUCGGCCUAGCACAGGAGAAGAGAAACGGGUGUUUCAAGAGCAGGAGCGUUACAGGUAUAGCCAACCCCACAAGGCAUUCACCUUUCGCAUGCAUGGCUUUGAGUCUGUGGUGGGGCCAGUGAAGGGCGUGUUUGACAAGGAGACCUCCCUCAACAAGGCUCGUGAGCAUUCACUGCUGCGCUCUGACCGGCCUGCGUAUGUCACCAUUCUGUCUCUUGUUCGGGAUGCUGCAGCUCGGCUGCCUAAUGGAGAAGGCACUCGGGCAGAGAUCUGUGAACUGCUCAAGGACUCUCAGUUUCUUGCUCCAGAUGUCACCAGCACUCAGGUGAACACAGUAGUGAGUGGUGCACUAGAUCGAUUGCAUUAUGAGAAAGACCCUUGUGUGAAAUAUGACAUUGGUCGGAAGCUGUGGAUCUAUCUGCAUCGUGACCGGAGUGAGGAAGAGUUUGAACGAAUUCAUCAAGCUCAAGCAGCAGCAGCUAAAGCCAGAAAAGCUCUUCAGCAAAAACCCAAGCCACCAUCCAAGGUGAAAUCCAGUAAUAAGGAGGGCUCUGUGAAGGGCCUUAGUGGUCCUUCUGAGCAAAGCCAGCUGAGCCUUAGUGACUCCAGCAUGCCAGCUACCCCAGUUACACCCGUAACCCCCACCACGCCAGCAUUGCCCACCCCCAUCUCUCCUCCACCUGUGUCAGCGGUGAACAGAAGUGUCUCUACCACUGUCUCUGAGCCAGCCAAGUCUAGUUCAGGUGUUCUUCUGGUGUCCUCACCAACAAUGCCACAGCUAGGAACCAUGCUUUCCCCAACUUCCAUCCAGACUCCACCCAGUUCUCAGGCUACUGCUCGGGUUGUCAGUCAUUCCAGCUCAGCAGGACUACCCCAGGUUCGGGUGGUAGCCCAGCCCAGCCUUCCUGCUGUUUCCCAGCAGUCAGUAGGGCCAGCACAGCCGCUACCCCAGAUGCCAGCAGGACCACAGAUUCGUGUGCCAGUCACUGCUACCCAAACCAAAGUAGUACCCCAGGCAGUUAUGGCAACAGUUCCAGUCAAGGGACAGACUCCAGCGGCCUCUGUGCAACGGCCUGGACCUGGGCAGACAGGGCUUACAGUGACGAAUCUUCCUGCUGCAGUCAGCCCCGUGAGCAAGACAGCCAUGAGUUCUCCUGGGAACUCUGCUCCAAGUGCCUCCACAACAGCCGUCAUUCAGAAUGUCACAGGACAGAACAUCAUCAAGCAGGUGUCGAUCACUGGGCAGCUUGGUGUGAAGCCCCAGACAGGCAACAGCAUUCCACUCACAGCCACAAACUUCCGUAUCCAGGGUAAGGAUGUACUGCGCCUGCCACCUUCUUCCAUCACCACAGAUGCCAAGGGCCAGACGGUUUUGAGAAUCACUCCAGACAUGAUGGCCACGUUGGCCAAGUCUCAGGUUACCACAGUCAAACUGACUCAGGACCUCUUUGGGGCAGGGAGUGGCACUGCAGGCAAAGGCAUCUCUGCUACCUUGCAUGUCACUUCCAACCCCGUCCACGCCGCUGACAGCCCUGCCAAGGCCCCUUCGGCCAACGUUCCUUCAUCAGCUCCAGCAGGUACGACCGUGGUCAAAGUAACUCCUGAUCUCAAGCCAACAGAAACUUCGAAUUCAGCUUUUCGCUUGAUGCCAGCUCUUGGUGUGAGCGUGGCAGAUCAGAAGGGAAAGAACACAGUGGCCUCUUCAGAAGCAAAACCCGCUGCCACCAUCCGCAUUGUGCAGGGCCUGGGUGUGAUGCCUCCUAAAGCAGGCCAGACCAUUACUGUUGCAGCACAUGCAAAGCAAGGAGCCUCUGUUGCUGGUGGGUCUGGAAGUGUCCACUCUUCAACAGUGUCCUUACCCAGUAUAAAUGCCACUGUGUCAAAGACUGUGGCUGUGGCUUCUGGGGCAACAAACACCCCCAUCAGCAUCGGGACUGGAGCCCCCACCGUGCGACAGGUUCCUGUUAACACUACAGUUGUGUCUACAUCCCAGUCUGGGAAGCUGCCUACGAGGAUCACAGUUCCUCUCUCUGUGAUUAGCCAGCCAAUGAAGGGCAAGAGCGUGGUCACAGCCCCCAUCAUCAAAGGCAACCUUGGAGCCAAUCUCAGUGGGCUGGGUCGCAACAUCAUCCUCACAACCAUGCCAGCAGGUACUAAGCUCAUCGCUGGCAAUAAGCCAGUGAGUUUCCUUACUGCCCAGCAGUUGCAGCAGCUUCAGCAACAAGGUCAGGCUACACAGGUGCGCAUCCAGACCGUCCCAGCAUCCCAUCUGCAACAGGGUACAGCUUCUGGCUCCUCCAAAGCAGUGUCCACUGUUGUUGUGACCACAGCUCCAUCUCCUAAACAAGCACCCGAGCAACAGUGACUGAGAGGAAAGGCAGCUUCUCUUAGAGACCAGUCCUGGUGUAGCUUGGCUGACAGAGAGGGAGCAAGGAGGCUGCAUCAUUCUUCUGAACUGUCCUGCUUGAGGCAGGGUAGUGAAGAGUGAUGGCAACUGUGGCCUGGAUUCUGCUGCCACACUCCAGAGUGAAGCCCUGACAGGGUCCCUUCAGGGCUCCAGGGAUAAUCUGUCUAGUCCAGGAAGAGAGAAUAUCAGAGUCUUGGGAGGUCACAGUCACACAAGCCAGUGUUACCACCUGAGGGUUGGAUGCCCAGGGAGCAGGCCUGCUUAGUUGGUAAGUGGGCCGGCAGGGACUAAGCCUCAUUCUGUGUGAGGAUUUUACUUUUUAGUUUCUGAUCCUCUUGGUGACUUGUUGAGAUGUGAGUUUUGUGUCCAGAAAAUUUUUGUGUAACUUAUUUUUUUAAAGAACCUACUAUAAGUCUUUUAUCAAAUAGAAACCUGGGCUUUAGUGCCCCUAAACUUAUCACUUACCCCUUCAACCAGAAUGAGAGCAUAGCAAGACUCUUAAUAGGUUGGCUUACUUGAUAAUGGAGAAGUUAUAUAAUAAGAAAAUGGAGGUCAUGAGGUAACAUGGACACCUCAAGUGAGACUAGUUCAGCACCGUGUACUAUAUGGGUGUCUGAAUCUUGGUUGUCCCUGUGCCUUCUCUUGUGGGCAUUGUCCUCGACAAGCCUGUUCCCAUGGAAGUUCAGAGCUGUUGGACAGGGGAGUAGGGGAAGCCGGUGAGAUGCUGCUCUCAGUGCACUUGCUUACAGUGCAGACAUUGCACAUUCUCCUUGCUGUAGAACAGCCAUUGCUGUUCCCUUAGAGGAACCAGACCCUUAGAGCUGCCCACCUGAUUGGAACAUAGAGGAAAUCGUGGAGGUGGGGGCAGAGGUAGGCACUGCCUGGCAGUGCCAGCUUGAGGAGAAAUGAGUGCGUUUGAUGUUUUUAUUCCUGGCCAUUUCACUCUUCUCAGCCACCAUCAGGGUACUUUACAAAGCCCAAGUACUUUAUGCACUGGUUGUAUCUUACAUGUCUUGCUGUGGUGCAGGGGUGGGUGGGAAAACCUUUCUGCAAGGAUAGGGCUUCCCUGUCUCUUUGUGAAAGUAUCCAAAUUAUUAAAAAUGUAUCUUUAAUUUCUGGGCCUUUAAUCAUUGUCUUUUAUGGAGAAACAAUUAGAGACAUGUAGACCGGAAGUGCUGGUUUAUGUGGGAGGUGUGCUGAAAUUGGUUCAUGUGGCAAGCUGCUGAGAAACAGAAAAGAAUUAAAGUUGUUUUGGUUACAGA